UUUACUCUAGCGAGCUGGAUGCUAGCCCAAAAUCAGUAUUUUAUUUAAUGUAUUUUCGAGAAAUUCAUACCGAUCUUCUACAAUAGUCCGGUAAUGACCUCGGUGGUCGGUAUGCGGACGGACUGCAUAUUUUGAUUAGUGAAUAGUGAGUGGUGAAAUAGUGACCGAGUCGCGGAGCUCGUACCUAACGAGGAGACAGUAAAUCAGCAGCAGAAACAUGAGCCCGGCCUGUGCGAGUCCGGCGACCGAACCCCGGGAGCACUUUCACCGCAUCGGGGCAGGUGCGACCGGCGAGCGCGCGCGAAGCCCGGCGACGGCGGUGCGGCGCGGAGUGAUGCUCGCGGUCGCGCUGCUGCACAGCGUCAGGUCGAGCUCGGCGGUGACGUGGCGGUCGGGGAGCGGCACGCGCCUCGAGUUCGACAGCUCCACCAACUACCUGUCGCUGUCCUGCGAGGAGAGCGGGAGCUACUCGUGCGGCGAGCUGGCGGGCGCCGGGGGGGCGCUGGCGGUGGGCGCGGGGCGGGCGGUGGCGGCGGCGCGGCUCCACGUGAGGGACUGCGAGCUACGCGCGCCGCUCGCCUGCGUGCCCGGGGUCGCCACCGUCACCGAACUGAUGCUCGAAAACACGUGGGAACCGAUCUCCCUCGGCCUAGCCGGGCUCUCGGCCGUUCAGAGUAUAGAGAUAGAGGCAGACGACAGUAACAUUACGAUGACGUCGAUGCCGUACGCGACCUUGUCCGGGUUGGCCGAUCUGACCGAGCUGCGGCUGCGAGGCGGAGUGUCGUCGCUGGCGCCGGGCGCGGGCGGGGCGGAGCUGGCGCGGCUGCGCGACCUGGAGGUGGCGGAGUGCGAGCAGCUGCGCGAGCUGCCGGCGGCGGCGCUGCGCCCGCUGCCCGCCCUCGCAGCGCUGUCGCUGUGGGGCAACAGCAUCCGGCUCGUUCACAAGGAUGCCCUUUUUUGCCAAGGCUCGACCGAGUUGAAGCUUCUGAAUUUAAACGACAACGAGCUGUCGUCGCUGCCGGCGGGGGUGUUCAUUGGCUGCGCGGCGCUCACCGACUUGCACCUCAAUCGCAACCGCCUGCGCACGCUCUUCGACUCCGCUGUCGCCGGCGCGACAUGGCUGGAGAGGGUCGACCUGAGCUACAACGAGCUGGAGGUGCUGCCGCUGAACGAGCUGGGCGGGCUGCGGGGGCUGGUCCACCUCGACGUGAGCCACAACCGCCUGCGCGCGGUGCGCGGCGCCUACCGCGACGGCCGCACGCUGCCGCUGCCGCUGCUCACGCUGAACCUCAGCGGCAACAACCUGACCACUCUCGACCGAUCGAGCCUGGAGGGUCUGUUGGCGUUGCAGGAGUUGGACCUGUCGGAGAACUACCUGAUGCGGCUGAACCCCGACACCUUCUUCGCGGUUCGAAUGCACCUGACGAACUUGUCGAUAUCCAGCAAUGGUCUGGUCGUGGAGUGCGGGGAGGAGCUGUCGCCGCUCCGCGAGCUGACGGCGCUGCGCCACCUCGAGCUCGCCCGCAACAACCUCACCGCGGUGUGCGGGGACUGGCGCGCGCUGCCGCACCUCCACAGCAUCGACCUGUCGCACAACACGAUACGUCGCCUCGACGUAUGCCCCGUGCUGUAGUGGGCGAGCCCGGCGAUCGUCGAUUUGAACUACAACCGCAUCGCGGCGACCGCCCUAGG